UGUCCCCGGCUGGUUUACUGUAAGCAGCUGCUGUAGCACUUAGACUGUAUCAGUUAGCUUUGUUAGCUUUUAAAACAUCAAACUGAUGAUUUUAACCGACAGACAUGUCUGAAGAGGAGAACAAGGUGUCCGACGAGCUGUUUAAAGAUGUCAAAUUCUACCUGGUGGGGGACAUCGACCAAAAGGUGGUGCAGUUGCUGAAAGCAGGAAAGGGGAAGGAGGUGUCCUAUAAUGCUCUGGCCACUCACAUCAUUGCUGAGGACGGGGACAACCCCGAGGUGGGCGAGUCCAGAGAGGUAUUUGACCUCCCGGUGGUUAAGCCGUCCUGGGUGAUCCUCUCUGUCAGGUGUGGAGACCUGCUACCAGUCACCGGAUUCUCUCCUGAAUCAGGACAGAUAUUCUUUGGUGUGACAGUGUGUCUGCCCAGGCUUCCAGAGGACCUGAACUCACUGUGGGCGUAUGUGACCUUCUAUGGAGGAGAAUGUCAGCUGAACCUCAACAAGAAGGUCACACACUUGGUGGUGAAGGAGCCGAAAGGGGCUAAGUUUGAGUGUGCCCUGAAACAUCCCAACAUCAAGAUCGUCACGCCGGACUGGAUCACAGACUCCGUUCAAGACAAAAGCAGAAAGGAUGAGGCUCUCUAUCACCCCAGACUUACCUACGUGGAGCCUGAGGAGGAGGACGAGAGCGAUGGAGAGUCGUAUGAGCACUCUGAUGGAAGCUACAGCCCCCGGCGACCCCGGCUGUCCAGCGGGGGUUCGUCUGGUGAGGAGUCAAGCCCCCGCAGGAGACCUGGACCCAAAAAACUAAACUCUUUGUCACCACCUUCCCCCCGUAAACCUGAGCGCCGCAGUGAGCGGAUGUUCGAUGACUCUGAUGAUGACUCCCCUGCAGAGAAGGAGGGCUCCAACCUGAACUGGACCCCAGCCGAAGUCACCACCCCCACUCACCCUGUUGCUACAGGGACGGCUCGACGGCGGGGUGGGCCCCCCAGCACCAAGGAGCCAGUGGUCUCGACGGGAAGUGGACUGAUCAACCUUUGUGCCACUGUGCCUCCUGUACCUGGGGCAACCACACCUGCAGAGGCCCGAGCUGCUGCUGCUGUCAGCCACAACGCACAACAAGGUGUUUCAGGUCAUGAAGGACUUCCUGGGUGGAGUCCUGCAGCCAGACACCUCAGAAACAUCACCAACAACUCAGACAUGCAGCCGACCAGCCGACCUGCCAACGUAGCACAUAUCAUACAGAAUCUCACAGCCAAUCAGAUGAAGCCACUGGAGCAGCAGACCAAUCAGAGCCAUGCUCAGACCCUGAACAGUACCACGCCCCUCCUCUUUAAUCAGUCGAAACCAGGCAGCCAGCCCCUUACAGCCGAGCAGCAACAACACCUACUGCAACAGCAACAAUCGCACCAAGCUGCUCAGCAGCAACAUCAGCAGUUACCACAGCAACCGCAGCAUCCUAUGAUGCACCUGCAGCAGCAGCAGCAGCAACAUCAGAUGAUGCAGCUACAUCACCAACAGCAGCAACAUCAGCAGCAACAGUCACAGGUUGCACAACAACAAGGGUUCUCGCAGUUGCCCCAACAACAGCAACAGUUCCUGCAGCAGCAGCAGCAGCAACAAAUGCACCAACAGCAGAUGUUCUCUCAGCAGCAGCAGCAACAGCAGCACGCAUUCUCCCAGCAGCAGCUGCGGCCUCAGCAGCUCCUUAGACCGGGUUUACAACAACUACAGCAACAGCAGGCACUGCAGCAGCAGCUCCAACAGUUCCAGCAGCAGCAGCGCAUGCAAAUGUUACAGCAACAACAGAACCAACAACAGUUACACCAACAACAUCUACAACAGCAGCAGCAGCAGCAACAUUUUCUGCAACAACAGCAGCACAUGCAGCAGAUGCAGCAGCAGCAGCAGCAGCUGCAGAACCAGCAGCAGCAGCAGCAGCAGCAGGCGCUGCAGCAGAACCAGCAGAGCCUGCAGCAGCAGCAACAGACAACCCUGCAGCCUCAGAUCCAGCAGACGCCUCAUGUCUCUCAGCUUUUUGGACACGAGCCUGGACAAGACAUUCCUCAGGACGGCUUCCUGCUGGGCUGUGUGUUUGCAAUCGCUGACUAUCCCGAACAGAUGGCGGACAAACAGCUGCUCAACACCUGGAAGAGGGUGAUCCAAGCAUGUGGUGGAGCUGUAGACCCCACCAUAACCCCUCGCUGCACACAUCUGCUGUGCGAGAGUCAGGUCAGCAACAUGUAUGUGCAGGCGCUGAGGGAGGGGAAACGCUGCGUGACGGCUCACUGGUUAAACACUGUGCUGAAGAGGAAGAGGAUGGUCCCCCCUCAUCGGACGUUGCACCUGCCCUUUGCCUUCCCACCUGGAGCUAAGCCCUGCUCUCAGCAUAUCAUCUCAGUGACGGGGUUUGUGGACGCUGACCGAGACGACCUGAAGCUGAUGGCUUACCUGGCUGGAGCGCGAUACACGGGCUACUUGUGUCGCAGUAACACUGUGCUCAUCUGUAAAGAACCCAGUGGGCUGAAAUAUGAGAAGGCAAAGGAAUGGAAAAUCCCGUGUGUGAACGCUCAGUGGCUGUGUGAUGUCCUGCUGGGAAACUUUGAGGCGCUCAGACAGAUCCAGCACAGCAGAUACUCCAACUACACCCUCCCAGAACCUCUGGUACCAAACCCACAGCUGGUCCAGAACCUGCUUGCCUCGUGGAGAUCUCCCAUCAAAGUGUCUCCUGAGUCUUUAGCUAGCCUUCAGCUGCAGCACAAACAAAGGAUCAGUGACUCCAACCAGCCUGCUAACAAGAAGGCCAGGUUGGAGGACGUCCAGUCUCCCAGUCAGAAGCUCCCUCCAGAGUCUACUCCUCGGGUCAUGUUCACAGGGUUUGAGCCAAACCAGGUGCAGCAGUACACCAAGAGGUUACACUCGUUAGGAGGAGAGGUGGCAGACAGCAGUCAGAAGGUGACUCACCUGGUGGCCGCCAAGGUGACUCGGACGGUGAAGUUCCUGACCGCCAUGUCCGUGGUCAAACACAUCGUCAGCCCCGAGUGGCUUGAGGAGAGCUGGAGGAGCCAGAAGUUCCUCGAUGAACAGCCUUUCUCUCUGAGGGAUGCAGAGGCUGAGAUGUUGUUCAGCUUCAGUCUGGAGGAGUCCUUAAAGAGAGCUCACAGCACGCCACUGUUCAAGGGUAAAUUCUUCUACCUGACCCCAGGUGUGUGUCCCAGUCUGGGCACCAUGAAGUCUAUCCUGGAGAGCGCUGGAGGGAAGCUGCUGACCAAACAGCCAUCAUACAGGAAGAUCAUGGAGCACAAACAGAACAAGAACCUUCCAGAGAUAAUUCUAAUCUCCUGUGACAACGACCUACACCUGUGCAGAGAGUAUUUCAUGAAGAACAUAGAUGUUCACAACGCUGAGUUCAUCCUCACUGGAGUCCUUACCCAGAAACUCAACUACGACUCGUACAGGUUCACCUGAAGAAGCGGUGCCGGGGGGAUAAGGACAAGUGUGUACAGGCGUCUGACUUUUCUAUCUUCAGAUUUUUGUGUUUUUGUAGCUUUUUGUAACCAGUUUAAUAAAUAAAUAAUGGAUGUUAUUUUUGUGAAAUGAAUGUUUAAAUUAUGGAGGAUUUUAACUUUUUUCCUGUUGUUCACAUAGAAUGUGUUAAAGCUUCUGCUGCUUUUUGGAAUAAAAACCACAUCUGUUUGUGA